AUGGCCGAAGAUAGUAGCCAGCCGCAGCAGCAGGGAAAUGGAAAAUCACAUUUCCUCGAAUUCCGCUCAAUUCCCUAUGGCACCAAGAGGGACGGAGAGUUGGUCCUGAACCGCCAUUCCUCGAUUUUGACCAACGGUUAUGAGUUUCCUGGAGCUCAGGCAAUGUUAUACGCUGCUGGGAUCAAGUCUCAGGAGGACAUGAGGAAGAAGCCGCACGUUGGUGUCGCUUCUGUAUGGUGGGAAGGCAACCCAUGCAAGUAUGUACUCGACCUCGGCAAGACUGUAAAGGAAGGUCUAGAGAAGAUCGGCAUGAUUGGUUGGCAAUUCAACACCAUUGGGGUAUAUGCCGCAAGGCCUCUCCUCCUCGUUCUCCGCGAGUUCUCGUUGCAAAGCAGAGAUAUUAUCGCCGAUUCCAUCGAAACAACUACUUGUGCUCAGCAUCAUGAUGCGAACAUCUCCAUCCCCGGAUGUGACAAGAACAUGCCUGGAUGCAUCAUGGCCAUGGCCCGACACAACCGACCGUCGAUCAUGAUCUACGGUGGCUCUAUAAAGGGAGGUUAUUCCGAACGCCUCCGCCAGCCAGUCAACAUCUCAAGCUGUUUUGAAGCCCACGGUGCCCUCAUGUACGGUAAGGUCUCGGAGGCUGACCUCGACGAUGUCGUUAGGCACGCUUGCCCCGGUCCCGGUGGUUGUGGAGGCAUGUAUACGGCCAACACGAUGGCUACGGCAAUCGAGGCCAUGGGUCUCACGCUUCCCGGAUCUUCUACUACGCCUGCCGAAUCUCCCGCGAAGAUGAGAGAAUGUCUCCGGGUCUCUGAAGCUAUCAGAAUUUGUCUGGAAAGGGAUAUUAAGCCCCGCGAUUUGAUAACUCGGGAGUCUUUCGAAAAUGCUAUGGUUGUGACGAUAAUAAUGGGGGGAUCCACGAACGCCGUUCUCCAUUUCCUUGCAAUUUCCCAUACUACCGACCUGGAUUUAACCAUCGAUGACUUUCAGAGAGUCUCCGACAAGAUUCCGUAUUUGGCAGAUCUCAAGCCCUCUGGAAAGUACAUGGUGGCCGACCUCGCUGAAAUUGGCGGCAUGCCGUCGGUUCUCAAAUUCUUGAUUCAUGCCAGUCUCGUCAAUGGAGAUAUCCCGACCGUUACUGGCAAAACACUUAGGGAAAACUGCGAGCCUGCACCAAGUCUCGACCCAGGGCAAGAUAUUAUCAGACCUCUUAGCAACCCAAUCAAGUCGAGCGGCCAUAUUCGAAUUCUGAAGGGAAACUUGGCACCUGGUGGAGCGGUUGCCAAAAUCACCGGGAAAGAGGGUAAAGUAUUUGUCGGAAAGGCUCGAGUCUAUGACGGCGAGCCAGCCCUAAUCUCCAGUUUGGAAAAAGGGGAGAUUAAGCCAGGUGAGAAUACUGUGCUUUGCGUAAGGUAUGAAGGGCCGAAGGGUGGCCCCGGUAUGCCGGAGCAACUAAAGACAAGUGCAGUGCUCAUGGGUGCGGGCCUUCGCAACGUGGCUCUGAUUACAGACGGACGCUAUAGUGGUGUAAUAACUUUGAAAGUAGGCCACAUAGUGCCUGAAGCCCAAGUUGGUGGCCCAAUCGCUAUCCUAAAAGACGGGGAUAUCGUCGCUAUCAACGCCGAAACCAACCAGAUAAGCAUGAACGUGAGUGACGGAGAGAUAGCUUCCAGACUGAAGAGUUGGAAAGCUCCUCGUUUGAAGGUCACCAGGGGCACGCUAGCAAAAUACGCACAUCUGGUUGGAGAUGCUAGUCAUGGGGCGGUUCUCGAUAUGUUCUAGGCCGGGCUCCGUGAAGGAGCGUGUAUGUAUGCAAGUACUGGCAACAGCAACGCCGCAGAAAUCAUGUACGGACUUCAAUUCUGUUUCGACUAGAUCCACCAAUGCUGUUGCAGAACAACUUGCAUCGAUCGUCCUCGUUGCUUUUCGUUUUCUUCGUUUUUUCUUUCCUUUUUCUCCUUUUUUAAGACCAUACCAUUUGGCUACAAUAGAUCCGAGCUGUGGAUUGACGUGUACAAAGAGGCGAUUGAGCAGGUUUGGGAUUUCUGGUGAUUAUGGGAAAUAUCCGCCCUCCCGCUUGGCUGGAAUCGGCAAGGAUAGGUAAGGCGUAAAGGGGAGAGAGAUGGAAGGAUGUAUCUAUCUGUGGAGGACUGUGCACUUUAUUAUCCGAGAAGGUCAGUUGAAGUACCGGUAGGUAUGCGCGGUCGUUAUUCGGACACAACCACGGUCCACGUGAACUAUGUGGCGUAACAAGGUGUUGCGAGUCCGGGCAUUUUGACGCACUUUCCCCCUCAUCCCCAAAAAAGUAUCAUACCGUCAGGACACACGCACUGGACGAGAAAAAUGUUCUCAAGACCUACACAAUACGAAAAGAAAGUACAAGGAGAGAGAAAAAAAAACGAUAAGGAAAACACCGAUACCGUGCACUAUGCAGAAAGAAGGGAGGGGGAAGGGAGGGGGGAGGGUAAGUAGGAGUAGGAGUUUGAAAACAAAAAAAAGCUUUGGCACACAAUCACUCA